AUGCCGCCCCCGUCCAUAACCCCCUCGUUCGCCAUCAUGAACACCCUCCCGUCCCCGCCCCUUCGCGCCGUCCCCAGCGACUCCGCCCGCCACUCCCACAACCGCCGCACACAACGACCAGACUCGCCCAUGGACACCCUCCUGGGCGCAGUGUGGCAGUCCAUUCAGCAGUCACCACCACCUAGCCUGCGCGACAUUCUCGACGCCUACCGCGCCAAAGGCGACGGCGACCGUGACAUGCUCAUCGCCAUGCUUAAUGCCAAGAGUGCCGAGGAUCAGCGCAUCGCGUCCCUCGCCUCGCUCCAGCGCACCAUGCUCGAUAUGUAUCAGCCUGCGCUCCAUCCCUCCUCACACUCCAUCCCCCCAUUGCACCUGUCCACCGAUGUGCACUCACAUUCACACUAUGGGCAUCACCAUUCGCCAUCGGGUCCUUCAUAUUCCGUAACGCACAUGCCUUCGCCGCCGCAUACAUCUUACCACCACUCGCCGCACUCGCGCGUCCACGCGCACGACGAGUCGGCUUACAUGUCUCACCGCCGCGGUUCGAGUGCAUCUGCGUCGAGCCCGACUGCAAAAGAAGCUCUCCUCGCGCCUUCGGGCUCGUCGCCCACGCGCAAGCGACGCCGCUCGCGCUCGCCACCGCCUGCUCGCGAGCAUCAGCGCAUGCAUCUCGAGCAGCUACCGGGUAGCGCGCACGACUUGCCGUUGCCGCCAUCACCGUACUCGUCUGCGUCAUCACACAGCAGCGGUGGCUCUCCCCGAUCACGAGAGAGCAUGGCGAUUGGCCAGGGCGAGGCUGCCUCGUCCGCAUACUUACCGGGGGCCGUCUAUCGCAACGUCGCUAUUCUUGGGCUGAGUGUAUAUUCGGCCCUGGUGGACAGCGCCAAGCAGCCUGCGCGCAGGGGCAGCAUAUCACGUCAGAUGUAA